UUGAGUUUGUUUUAAAUGUUUUUAAGUCUGUUACAUUAUCGAGAUCAGUAGUCAACCUUUCUGAAAUAAACGCUUAUGGUCAGAAGUCGUUGGUGUUGGGGGGUUUACAUGUCGGCCGCCGUUCCCUUCCUCAUCGUCCCGAGGUUGGCCAGUCGUGAGUUGCGUGAUUCUUUUGUUCGCUUUGUUUUUUUUAAAGUAUUUCUUCGCGUUCUUUGCGCGGCAAGGAUAAGAGGAAGUGAGGAGCACUACAAUAUUUCAUUAUUACUCUUAUCGUGACUAUGGAAAAGUUUAAAAUUCACGAUUUGUGGGUCCAUUUUCCUUUUGUGCCGUAUCCCUCUCAAGAGGCAUUCAUGUCAAAACUGUUAGAAGGUGUAAACGGUGGAAAAAAUGCUUUGUUGGAGUCACCUACUGGGACUGGUAAAACCUUAUGUCUAUUAUGUGCAUCAUUGGCAUGGCUCGAUUUGGAGAAAAGGUAUCAAGAGAUACCAGAUCUCAGAGUCAUAAACGAGAGUGUCCCAUUACCAGACAAUCAAACAUACUACAAUGAAAUGUCUGUGCCAGAUAUCAAUCCUCCCAAAAGUUAUAAAAUAUACUUUUGUACCAGAACUCAUUCUCAAAUAAUGCAGGCCAUUCAAGAAUUUAAGACGACUGGAUACCAACACCUGCGAAGCGCAGUGUUGGCAUCACGAACCCACUUAUGUAUUCACCCGUCCGCCAAACAGGCUGGUAGUAAUUUGGAUAACAAGUGCAGAUCACUACGAAAAAAAUCAAAAUGUGACGCCCCAAACCCUGAUAUUAACCCUGACAUUGAGGAUUUGCAGAAAUGCAGAAGAUGUAAAAGCGACCAUACAUGUCCAUUUUAUACUAAUUUUGAAGAAAUGAAGAAAAAUAAAACUGAUGAGCCUUUCAUUAUGGCUGGGGCCUUUGACCAAAAAAGCUUGAUUGCUAAAUGCAAGGAAUACAAAGUUUGCCCGUUUUAUAUGUCGCGUCAUUUAAAAGAGAAAGCUGACAUAAUAUUUUUGCCUUAUUCAUACAUUUUCAACCCUCAUAUCUUGAAGGGAAUGAAUAUUGAUAUAAAGAAUGCAAUCAUCAUUAUUGACGAAGGCCACAAUCUUGAAAAGGUGUGUGAAGAAAAUGCUUCAUUCUCAAUACAAGUCCCAGAUGUUACUAACUGCUUGAAAGAGUUAAAAAAGGCUUUAGAAUGCGUUGAUGAUGAAGAGUUUCCUACUGAUGUAGAAGAGAAACAUGUGCUUGAACUUAUAAAGAUUUUGGAAAAACUUAGACACAAACUUGAGACUCUGGAACCCAACAAUGCCAAAAACGGUCAAUUUUGUAUCUCAAUAUUUUCUGAAUCUGGUUUUACCAAACAGGAUUGGCGAAGACUUCUUUAUAAUCUAAAGGAGAUUACUCAGUUUUUAGGGGGAAAGGAAUUGAAAACAGAGGGCUUGAAAAAAAUAGUUAAUGUUGUAGAGACUGUAUUCUACCUAGAUAGUGAUGAUUGUGAUGGCUCACAAGAAUCGACUUUGGAAAAAAGCUUUGUGCUUUACAAAGAAAAGCUCACACCAGAAGAGAUACUAAAAGAGGUGGAGCCAAAAAUAUUUUUGUGGUGCUUCGAUGCUAGUGUCAUUAUGAAAUCUCUUCAAAAACAAGGUGUACAUUCAUUCAUUGUCACAAGCGGGACACUUUCUCCUCUACUACCUUUGAAGAGGAGCUUAGGCAUACCCUUUGAGAUUGAGCUCAUAAAUGAACAUGUCAUAGAUAAAUCUCAGAUUCUUGCCUUGUCUGUAGGCCAAGUGGGAAAUGCCAAGCUUGAUGCAAGAUACGACUACAGAGAAAAAAAUAAGAACAGUGUAUAUUCUGCUUUUGGAAAAUUAGUAUUCAAGGUGGCAGAAGUUUCACCAAAAGGUCUUCUCAUUUUUUUCCCUUCAGGUAGAGUUAAAAAAGACUGCUUAGAUGUCUGGAGUAAAACUCCUUUCCAACAUUACUCCAGUCUGUAUGCUGCAAUUGAAACUGAAAAGGUAAUUUAUGAAGAACCCAAGUUGUCAUCAGAUUUACCUGGACUCCAAAAAUUAUUUGGUCAAAAAAUUGCUGAACCAAACAGCAAAGGUGCAUGCUUGAUUGGUGUUUUGAGUGGCAAGGUAAGUGAAGGAAUAGAUUUUAAGGAUGAUCUUGGAAGAGCCGUUGUUAUGUUUGGAUUGCCUUAUCCACCCUAUAUGGAUCCAUGGGUGAUUCAUAAAAAGAAACACAUUCGUGAACAUGACAGUGCAGAGGCUGAGGAUGAUUGGUAUCAAGCUCAAGCAAUCAGACCAGUGAAUCAAGCCUUGGGGCGGAUUAUCCGCCACCAGGGCGAUUAUGGAGUGGUUGUUUUGGCAGAUGUCAGGUACAUUUCUAAUUACAAAAUCAUCCGUUCUCUACCUGGUUGGCUUCAAAGAGGUAGAGAGGUAGUGUUAUUCCCCCAGAUUAGUAAUCGCUUGAAGAAUUUCUUUUCAACCAUCCCUUCAAAGAUGAAGGACAUUAAACGAAGAACUGAAAUUCAGCAAGAAAAGAUAAGGCUGCGACAUCGAAAGGAAAUGGAAGUUGAACAAUAUCCAGCUUAUGAUUACCAUGAUCUUUCUAAAUUAAAAAUCGUUGAGACAAAGAGAAAAGAGACUCUUUGCACAGAAAUAUUAAAUUUGGAGAAAAAAUUACAGGAUGCAUCAGCUGCAACUGCCCUGUUACUUUUGGAGAUCGCUAUGACAAAAGAUAAAAUUGGUCUAACAGAAACCACAACAACUGCUCACAACUGCACAGACUAUGACUCUGAUUGUGAGAGCACAGGCGAUGGGGAGUGGGACGAAGCAAUAGGAUAGUGAUAAAGUAAGUAAGAGUGCCAUGACAAAUUAAGCAUCUGAAAUCAGCUUUUUUUGAAAUUCAUCUAUUAUUAGCUGUAUACGUAUUUCAGUAUUGUGUAAUAUUUUAGUCAAAGAAUUAAUCAGCACCAAAUCAAACAUGCUGAUCAAUGUGUACUUAAAAUUUUCAGUUUUAUCAAUGUAUGUAAAAUUACUUUAUUA